GCUCACUUCAGUGUUUUACUAGUGGUUGUCGCGAACUAACGUGUCACACAGAGCGAAAAAUGCCUGCUGAAGCAUUGCACGAGGCGUUCACGAAAGCGGGCGAGAAGGCCGGCAUCGAAAUCUGGAGGAUGGAAGACUUUCAGCCGGUUCCAGUGCCAAAGAAUCAGUAUGGAAACUUCUACUCUGGUGACUCCUACAUAGUGUUGAAAACAGAUGGGGAAGCCAAAAACCUGUCAUGGGAUAUCCACUUCUGGCUCGGCUCUAAAACGUCCCAGGACGAGGCUGGGACGGCCGCCAUCUUGUCAGUCAACUUGGAUGAUAACAAGUUCGAUGGCGCCGCCAUACAGCAUAGGGAGACUCAGGGUCAUGAGUCAAAACAGUUCCUUGGAUAUUUCGAACCAGCGAUCAGAUAUAUGGAUGGUGGCCACUCAUCAGGCUUCAACCACGUCACCAUCAACCCUGGGGCGGAGAAGAGGCUAUUCCAGAUAAAGGGCAAGAGGAACGUACGCGUCAAGCAGGUCGAUCCUUCAGUCUCAUCCAUGAAUAAAGGAGACUGCUUUGUUUUGGAUGUGGCACAUAACAUCUACGUGUUUGUGGGGGAGAAGGCUAAGCCAGUGGAGAAGCUGAAGGCGAUCAACGUCGCCAACCAAAUCAACGAUCAGGAUCAUAAUGGGAGGGGCGAGAUUGAAAUCAUUGAUCCUUUCGCCAGUGAGGGUGACGUGGAGAACUUUUUCAAAGCACUCGGUUCCGGAGACCUGGACUCGGUCAGUGAUGACUCUGAAGAUGAUGAGGAAUUUGAGCGUCGAGACGCUAAAGAGGUGACUCUUAGUGAAAUAUCAAACAGCACUGGCAGUAUGAAGAUCACUAAACUAUCUAGCCCAUUCACCCAGGAUAUGCUUGACACGAAGGAAUGUUUCAUUUUAGACACCGGUAGCAGCGGUAUUUACGUAUGGGUUGGCAAAGGCUCCAACGAAAAGGAAAAGGCUGAAGCGAUGAACAGGGCCCAACAAUAUUUGAAAGCACACGACCUACCUCCAUGGGUUCACGUCUCCAAAGUACCCGAAGACCUGGAGCCGACCGCAUUCAAACAAUACUUCGAAGGAUGGAACUGAAAAUCAACAUAUUUCUGACAUUCUGACUGACAUUUUUAUAGGUCUUAUAAAACGCGAAUCGCGCUCCACCUAAAAAGUUAAUUUUACCUUUAAGAGCUUUUUAUGACCCGUAUUAAAAAUGUACUGAUAAUUGAGAUGCACAUAUUAUUAUAUUGAAUUAAAAAAUAGUAAGUAUUGAAUAAACAAAAACCAAAGUAGAUAAUUGAGGCCAUGAGAACUAUAGUGACCUAUAACUCAUUUUUUAACCAUAGUGGCCUAUCUUACUUAGGCCAGUAUGGCACGUUAUGCAUUGCGUUACGCGCGUUUUUUUCGAGUCGAUAUUGCACCGCAGCGUUACGUGUGGCUUGACCCUAAGAAGAAUAAAAAAUCAAUAAAUGCACAAUAUAUAAAGACUUAGCAACCCCAUUUACUGAUUUAGUUUGAUACUUAAUUAAUUACUUUUUAAGAAAAU